AUGUCCUUGACAUCUUCGACAUUCUCCAUCUCCUCUGCAGCCUCCAGACUCAUUGAGACAAACCCCACCUGGUUGACUACACCGAACGACCUUCUCUCAGACAUGGCAACCACAACAGCGACCCGAACCCAAUCCCAUUCUCUCGACGUCUCGAACGACAUCGAAGUUCCUCGCGGCGAAACCCACUCCACCCUAACCUUCUACGCACCACCCGCCGACGGCUCAUCACCAUGGAACUACGUCGAACAAGCCCCCGAAGGCUCUCCACAACGCAACUACGGCGAGGACGGCCAUGAAGUGACCAUCAACGACAUCCGCGGCCGCGAGCACGAGUUCCAGAUGAACGUCAACGGCUUCGGCACACUCUCAGGCAUCGAAUCGAAGGAGAAGGACUUCACCGACGACGAGGCUAUCAAGACCAACUACUACCCCGAAGUUGAGAAGUUGCUAUUGGACAACGUAGAAGGCGCAAAGCGCGUCUUCAUCUUCGACCACACCGUCCGCCGCAGCAACCCGGACGCCAGACGCCAGCCCGUCAACCGCGCGCACAUCGACCAAACCACACAGUCAGCGAUCCAGCGCGUCGACUACCACAUGGGCUCCGAAUCCCCCGAACUCCUCAAAGGCCGCUACCGUCUGAUCAACGUCUGGCGCCCGCUCAACGGUCCCGUCGUCUCCAAACCCCUCGCCUACGCUGACUCCCGCUCCGUGCCGGAUGAGGAUAUCGUGCCGGUAGAGCAUCGGUAUCCGCACCGAACGGGCGAGACGGCGGGGGUGAAGUUCACGGAGAAAGGGAGGUGGUAUUAUUGGAGCGGGAUGAAGAAUGAUGAAAGAAUUCUGCUGCAGUGCUAUGAUAGUCAGGAUCAUGCCAGGACGCCGCAUACGGCUUUCGAUGACCCGAGGACGCAGGAGCAUUUUCCAGGGCGGGAGAGUAUUGAGGUUAGGACUUUGGUGUUUGGUUGA